AUGGCAACAGAUUUUAAAAAGGUUCUUAUCCCCCUUGCGGCGGCGCAUCCUAAUCGUCUACUCCCUAAUCUUCCGAUUCUGAAACUCCCCUCCUCAUCCAUCUCCAAAACUCCUUUGCAGUCGCCAUCUCUGCCGUCGCUGUACAACGUAGGCGGUGCACAGCGCAGUGACACCAAGAUGCCGCAAAAUGGCUUGAUCGAGAUUUCAAGCGAUAAUAAAUCUGACGAGUCUAAUAAGCUCAGCCUCGGCAGCUGGCACAAGUUCAAAUCUGAGAGUGGUGCUAGCACAGGUGAUGCUCGGCUGCCGGGCGGCAGAGCAGAGCAGGGUGUAGGAAGUCCUUUCGUGGCGUCGCAAGGACAAGGGAGUGGGGCGAGUGUAGCCGCCGCCGCCCUCCACGCCAUCCUCGACCGCCUUAACGCCCGCCUCGACCACGACAAGUUCGUCGAGGGAUCGUCGGAAGCCAUGAGCAACAACGACCGUAUGCUGGCUGAUGUCGGGCUAUCCCUACAGCCAUCUAUACAGCCAUCCGCCAGCUAG